CAGCCGCUCAUCGUGCGCAAAGAUCGGCGCUGAAGCUGCAGAAGGAUGUGCUCUCCGGACGACUGUUUUGGAUAAACGCAGGGAGUUUGACCAGUAACCAUUUUCACUUUUACAGUCUGCAGAGCGCACCGGUCCGAAGGUUCUGGAGCCCCCGGUGGUUUGGGUCCGUUUUGGAGCAGCGUGCCUCAGAGCCGGACACACGGUCCAGUUGACUGGAGUUCGGAGCUUUUAGGGAAUUUAAACUUUUCCGUUGUUGGAUCUGGAGUUGUGUUUGUGAUGUGAGGGCGCGCACGAGGCCAGUCGGGAUGCACGCUGGAAGUUUAGCCCCGCACCCGUUGUCCUGAACUCCCACCUCUUCUUUUCGCGCAUUUUCACCGCAUUUUUACUCUACUCGGGUCUGCAGGAAGGUUCGAUGCGAGAAGAAGAGCAAAUGGCCAACGAGCGGAAACCGCGACUGUGUGUGAUGAAUAAAGGGGAGAACGGGUAUGGCUUUCACCUGCACGGAGAGAAGGGGAAGAGCGGACAGUUCAUCCGCCAAGUGGAGCCCAACUCCCCCGCAGAGGCGUCGGGGCUGCGCGCCGGGGACCGGGUGGUCGCCGUGAACGGCGUCAACGUGGAGAAGGAGACACACCACCAGGUGGUGCAGCGGAUCAAGGCGGUGGACAACGAGACCAGGCUGCUGGUGGUCGACCAGGAGACCUAUGAGAGUCUGCGCAGCCUUCACCUCACAGCCACCGAUGAGAUGGCCAUUCUUGGGACCGAGGCUCCUGCCCCCCCCUCCUCACCUCCGACUCCCCCCUCCCCAGCGUCGCCAUCCUCGACCCCGUCGUCCCCGGUGAAGAAGCGCCAGAAUGGCUCAGUGUCCAAGCAGCCCUCAGCGCAGGGCGGCCAGGUGCAGAAGCCCACCAGGAGGUCGCCGUCCAAGGCAGCGAAGAAGGAGUCUCCAUCCCAGGAGGACGAGCCGUCGGAGUCCCGUCCUCAGAUUGACCCAUCUGAGCUCGUCCCACGCCUGUGCCACCUGGUGCGGUCCAAGACGGGCUACGGCUUCAACCUUCACAGCGAUCGGUCGCGACCCGGACAGUACAUCCGAUCCCUAGACCCAGGAUCACCGGCAGAUUCUGCUGGACUUCGGCCUCAGGACAGGCUCGUUGAGGUGAAUGGGGUGAACAUCGAGGGCAUGAAGCACUCAGAGGUUGUGGCCUUUAUAAAGAAAAUGGGAGAAGAGACCUGGCUGUUGGUGGUGGAUCCAGACACAGACGAACACUUUAAGACGAUGGGAGUUGUUCCUACAGUCAGCCACAUCAAAGAUUAUGACGGUCCGCCCAUCACUAACGGCUCCCCCAGCCCUCAGAUCAACGGCAGCUCCGCCACACAGUCCUUCAGGUCCACUCGCUCUGACCUCAGCAGCCAGGGCAACAGCACACAGCUGGCUGACGACGAGGCCGGCCAUCUCUUGGACCCGUUUGCUGAGAUGGGCCUGAGGCUGAGUGCCACAGCAGCAGAGGAAAAGAUGAAGGUCCAUGCCAAGGAAAAAAAGAAGGCUCCGCAAAUGGACUGGAUGAAGAAAUACGAGCUUUUCAGUAAUUUCUAGGACAUUCCUCAUAAAAGACACUUCAGGGAACCAAGGACAGCACUUCCUCGCUCCCUUUUGAGUGGACGAGAUGACCUGCCUCGGUUUUUAACAGCUUCUCGUCUCCCAACAUUAACACAGUUGGAUUAUCUGAGCUUAAGCCACUCACAGAGAUGAACAUUCCUACCAGACUGAUAUAAAUGUGCCCAAUUCUCACCACCUUUCCUCCAGAACAACCACGCAACUCCUCCUACUAAGAGACUCAUUAUAGCAGCUAUUUUUAUAUUUAAAGAGUAUAAACAGCUAUAAGUAAAUAGUAUCCCAUUAUCAUGGACUGCCUUUAGAAGACUAAUGGACACUGUGAAGUUAUUGAUUGUGGAUUUUAGCGAAUGUUUGUUUUCUAAAUCAGUCAGAAGACAAGCGAAGCUGGCAGAAGAUCACUGUGAACGAGUGGAGGCUCUCCACCUCCAUCCCAUCAGUUCAUUCUGUUUGUAAAAGGAAAGGGUGUGUGUGCUCGCUUUAACCAAAACAUCGUCUAUCUGAGAUGCAGAAGCUGAACCACUUUGGAGCAAAAGGUUUGUUUUUAACAGCGUUGAAAAUGGAGUAAAGCUGCACCAAGAACUCGGUUGUUAUUGGAAUCGGUCGGUCCGGAUCAUCCAGUGGAAGUUUUUUCUGUUGGAAACACAAUUUCCAAGAAAAUCAGAAAUGAAGAGAAAAAAUGUGUUAAACAGUGGACAGAAAUGGGAAUUGGUCUGAAUUGGUAUUGGCUCCCGACACCAGAAUUAGUGCAACCCGACUUUUGGUGUUUGACAAAGAAAAUGACCAUUAAUUUAGUUCAGGUCUAGGCUUCAGGUGCUCUCUAAAACCUCGUUCACACAGAGUGUGGAACGUCCGGAACGAUGUGGUCCGGUUUCCAAACGGCCAUCCACACCCACUCUGGAACACCUUCUCAGAAGUUCACGCAGUUUCAGCUGGAGCCGGGUACUGAUUCAGAUUUCAAAAAUCGAUUUGAUUCUGAUUCUCAAGGGUUUGAAUCGCUUAUCACAAUCCCACCCAAUUCAGUCUGUUCCAAUUUGAUAUUGAUUUGGGUCAGUGCUAUUUAAAUGUUUUUUUAUAACUGUUAUCUUAAUUAUAUGGGGAAACUCUAUUAACCCUUUAGGCCCUGAACCCUAAAAUAUCCAUCUGGACUUUCUAGUUUAACUGUAGAAAAUAGCUAAUUUAUGGAUUUAUGAGUCGAUUCAAUUAGAUUUUUGUAAUUUUCAUAAGCAUCGACUUCUUGAUUUAUCAACACAUCAUCCACUGUGAAGCGGCCUCCCUGUCAUCGAUAACAACAAGAGGUUGACAGAACGAUGCGACGUGGGUUUUAUUUUUAAACAUCUGGGCUUCACCUCGCUGCACCGUGUCUCACUUCCUGUCUGGCUCACGGCAUUUCUUCAACUUCAGGACGAUGCGCAUGCGGUGUCUGGAAAAAAUAGAAACCUUGCCGAAUUGGGAUGUGCUCGGCACCACAGCCGGUGUAAAUGUCCGUCUACACAGAAGCUGCACGGAUUCUGACCUGCAUCUGUUCUGCACUCGGUGAGAACGAGGCCUAAGAAAUCAAACGUUGAGUUAAUUCAACCAAGUUAUGGUUUCUGGUUCUAUUAAACCAAUGUUAAGAGUAAUAAACAUUUACUUUUGACUUAAGCGUAUAAACAUUACAACUAAUGAAACCAUUAAAUUCAACAUUUCCUUUUUCAGAGUGUAGAGUUGGUUUUAAUGCUUUAGAGCAACCAACGCUAACCCAGAAUACGUGGUUUUAUUUAGCUGAUAAUCCCAUAACCAGACACUGAUCUAGACUUAAUCCGGAUGUUAUCUUAAACUCCCGAGGGCGGUUUUUACAGAUUGAAGAAUGCCACGUGGUUUUAACUUAAGAGAAGAAAAAUACUUUUGGUGGAAACUUUGGUUUUAUGUUUGAUUUAAACGCAAAUGUUUAAAUGUGAAGGCAUGAUCUGAAUGUUGGCCAAGUAGCCUAAACCAGGAAUAAGUCAGUAUUAAGUAUCUUAUUUGAUUUAUUGUAUGCUUCAUCGCAGAAUUACUGAAUGUAAUUUUAACGAUGAUUUCUCAGAAUGUAUCAGCAGCAGAGUUGUGUUUAGUCUCUUCUUCAGGAAUGUGAAACAAAAUAGGACAAAUGAAAUAACUCUUGGAUUUGACUGCUUUGUUUUGAUUAAAAAGACUAAGCGUCCUGUGUGGGAUCCAUCAGAUAAGAGGGCUGCGGGGUGACGAGCUCACAUGAAGAGGAGAAUCUUGAGAAAGACGCUGGGAUCCACGGAGAUUACCGGGGAUUAUUAUGCACACGGGAACAGCGGUCGCACACAUGCUCACACACACGUUUGUAUGUGGAGAAAGUAUGCAGCGCACGCUGCGGCCCAACACACGUUACUGCUAACUCGUUACAGUUAUUUGUGUCGUCUCAGUCUGAGAAACUCGCAGACGCAGAAACAAGGCAGGUUGCAUUUUCCACUAGAGUGACAAUCGCAUUUUUGAAUUGAAUAAAAUGUUUUUAUUUCCCA